AUGAAAAGAUCAAGUUCUGUGUCUAGUGAUGAAGAUAACUAUGAGAUGAAAAUGAAUGAAAUCCUCGUUCAAGAAUUAAAGCACAAGUGCAAUAUUUGUGGCAAAGCAUAUAGCAACGGAAAAGCAUUGGGUGGUCACCGAAGAUCUCACUUUAUUAAGAAGAAAGUUAAUCAUCAUUCACAAAAGGUGAAAACUCCUCUCUCAAUUCAAGUUAGUAAUAAUAGAGCUAAUUGUUUCUUUGAUAAUGAUAAGUAUGGUGAAGAAGAAAUUGAUGAGAAAAAAAAAUUUAGUUGUUAUAUUUGCGAUAGGAAGUUUUGGACAAACAAUGCUUUGUAUGGUCAUAUGAGAUCUCAUCCCGAUAGGGUUUUUAAAGGAGUUAGUCCGCCUUCUACAAAUAAUUCUAAUUCAUCUGUUCGACAAAACAAAGAAGAUGAGGAUGAACAAGGUGACGAUGAUUGCUCUUUGCCGAGAUGGCAAAAGAGAGAUAAAAGAGGUAGAAAAUGUAUUGGCAGGGCCGAGGCGGCUGUCAAUCUUCUACUUCUUCGAUCUGAUAAGUACUAUUCUAUUUUAUCCAGUGAUGAGUCAAAAACUCCUGAAUUCUUAGUUUCUUGUCAUAAAGAAGAAUUGAAAAAGCCUGAGAUGAAAAAGAUUAAAAUCUUUAUAGGAUCUUCAUCGAAGAUUGGAAACAAAAAUAAUGAGAAUGAUAAUGAGAUAGUUGAAUCUGACGAUUCGAAGUUAAAGAAAGGCAAAAGUUUAUCUCGAUCCUAUGUUGACGAAGAGAAAGAAAGUAACCAUUAUGAAGAACAACAUAUAUUGGAUUUUGAUUUGAAUGAGCCAUAUGUUAUGGAGGAUUAA